GACAGAGAAGCAGAGUGCACACCCCCUGCAUCCUCCCCUUGUCCCUACACCACUGCACCGAGUUUGCAGAGGCUGCUGUAGGUUUUCAUGAACGGCAUCAUGAGGAAUAUUCAGUAACGCUGGGAUCUUCUGCAUGCAAAGUGAACCCGAAACGCGGCUUUUUGAUCAUUCUGUUGAGGGAAAAUUAUGAUGAGGCGUGACCGCAACAGGGAACGAGCCAGUGAUGAACGUUGGAGUGACAGGGAUCGAGAUCGAGCCUGGGGCAGAGAUGCAAAGCCAUUCUCACCUGCAGGAGGCAGCGGCGGCGGCUUCAUGAAACAAACCCCCCUACAGCAGCAGAUCAACCAAUUUACUAACCUGCCCCACACGCCACGCUACUAUGAGAUCCUAAAGAAGCGGUUGCAGCUUCCUGUCUGGGAGUACAGAGAGAGCUUUACUGAUACCCUGACACAGAACCAGUCUUUUGUCCUGGUGGGAGAGACGGGCUCUGGAAAGACCACACAGAUCCCCCAGUGGUGUGUGGACAUGGUGCGGGCAGUGCCGGGGCCAAAGAGAGCAGUGGCCUGCACCCAGCCCAGGAGGGUAGCGGCGAUGAGUGUCGCCCAGAGGGUGGCUGAUGAGAUGGACGUCAUGCUGGGUCAAGAGGUGGGCUACUCCAUCAGGUUUGAGGACUGCAGCUCCGCCAAGACGGUACUCAAGUACAUGACAGAUGGGAUGUUGCUGCGGGAGGCCAUGAAUGAUCCUCUGCUGGAACGUUACGGCGUCAUCAUCCUAGAUGAGGCACAUGAACGCACAUUAGCUACAGAUAUCCUCAUGGGGGUGUUGAAGGAGGUGGCCCGCCAGAGGCUUGACUUGAAGGUCAUCGUUAUGAGCGCCACCCUCGAUGCCGGAAAGUUCCAGGUGUACUUUGACAGCUGCCCAUUGCUCACUAUCCCUGGACGCACUCACCCUGUGGAGAUUUUUUACACCCCAGAACCAGAGCGUGACUACCUGGAGGCGGCCAUCCGGACUGUGAUCCAGAUCCACAUGUGUGAAGCGGCUGAAGGGGACAUUCUGCUCUUCCUCACUGGACAAGAGGAAAUCGAUGAAGCUUGCAAGCGAAUCAAGAGGGAGAUUGAUGACCUGGGCCCUGAGGUCGGCGAUAUCAAAAUCAUCCCCUUGUACUCGACGUUGCCUCCACAGCAGCAGCAGAGGAUUUUCGAGCCUCCUCCACCCAAUAAACCAAAUGGCGCCAUCGGAAGGAAGGUUGUCGUGUCAACAAACAUCGCCGAGACGUCCCUGACCAUCGACGGCGUCGUGUUUGUAAUUGAUCCCGGAUUUGCCAAGCAAAAGGUGUAUAACCCACGCAUCAGAGUGGAAUCCCUCUUGGUCACAGCGAUCAGCAAAGCCUCAGCCCAGCAGAGGGCGGGUCGCGCUGGACGAACACGCCCAGGAAAGUGUUUCCGCCUUUACACCGAGAAAGCUUACAAGACAGAAAUGCAGGACAACACGUAUCCAGAGAUCCUGAGGUCCAAUCUGGGCUCUGUGGUGCUGCAGCUGAAGAAACUGGGAAUAGACGACUUGGUGCACUUUGACUUCAUGGACCCACCAGCCCCAGAGACCCUGAUGCGAGCCCUGGAGUUGCUGAACUAUCUGGCGGCGCUCAACGACGAUGGUGACCUAACAGAGCUGGGUUCCAUGAUGGCCGAGUUCCCCCUGGACCCUCAGCUGGCCAAGAUGGUCAUCGCCAGCUGUGAGUUCAACUGUUCCAACGAGGUUCUCUCCAUCACGGCCAUGUUGUCAGUCCCACAGUGCUUCGUCCGACCAACCGAGGUGAAGAAGGCAGCGGAUGAGUCCAAGAUGCGCUUUGCCCACAUCGACGGAGACCACCUGACGUUGCUCAACGUCUACCAUGCCUUUAAACAGAACCACGAGUCCACUCAGUGGUGCUAUGACAAUUUUGUCAACUACCGCUCGCUGAUGUCAGCAGACAAUGUGCGGCAGCAGCUUUCCAGGAUCAUGGACCGCUUCAGCCUGCCGCAGCGGAGCACAGAGUUCUCUAGCAGAGAUUACUACACCAACAUCCGCAGAGCUCUGGUCACUGGAUUCUUCAUGCAGGUCGCUCACCUGGAGCGCACCGGUCAUUACCUGACAGUGAAGGACAACCAAGUGGUGCAGCUGCACCCCUCCACUGUGCUGGACCACAAGCCUGAGUGGGUGCUCUACAACGAGUUUGUGCUCACCACCAAGAACUACAUCCGCACAUGUACUGACAUCAAACCAGAGUGGCUCGUGAAAAUCGCCCCGCAGUACUACGAGAUGAGUAACUUCCCCCAGUGUGAAGCAAAGAGACAGUUGGAGCGCAUCAUUGCAAAAGUCUCAUCUAAGGAACACACUCAGUACUAAGCCAGUUUGCAUGUGUUGAAGUGUCUGUGCACAGGAUAAUGUGAACUUUUGAUCUGCCUCUAUUUUUUUAGUUUGACAAAACAGCCUCAUUUUUUAGUAUAUUUUUGCAUCAUUCUACUACUUUUUGUCAUUUUUUUAAUCCCAAAGGGUUAUGCACUACUUAAUAUGUACUGUAAACAAUCUGUUAUCAGGUAUUUAAUCAUAACCAUUCCUCUUUGCAUGAUAUUUCAUGUAAAUUGUAACAUUCCUCUUAUAGACAUCCAUACUAAGUCCCAGCUUGGGAUUCAUGACUAUUUUUUUGCUUCUUCUGCAGAAACGUCAGUCCUUUGAGAGAAGCUUUUAAACAAACAUAAUUUAUACUGUAUUUAUGUGAGGGCUUAAUGUAUUGUUCUCCUGUCAUAGAGAUAUGAAGUGGGACAGCCUGCCCACAUCUUCCUGUCACUGUUCAACUUAAU